UUGAAAAGGCCUUGCAGGUCAAGGUCACCUGAGAGGAGUUCAGGUCACCAAGGAUGAUGGAGGGUUCCUGGGCACUGGGGUCAGUCUGCUAGCUGUGCCUGGGAGACCUCUGGGAACCCUGGAAUCCUGUGAACGUCCAGGGAAACCUAUUGUGACACGAACUGGCCCGAGAAGGCUCAUCUGCCUCAGUCUUGGCGUCACUCAGAAGGGUUUGAUUGCAGACAUGUUUAACCCACUGGCUCUAGAUUUUCCUGCUGUGAUUUUUGACAAUGGAUCUGGGCUCUGUAAGGCAGGACUGUCUGGGGAGAUUGGGCCCCGCCAUGUCACCAGCUCCAUUGUGGGGUACCCGAAGUUCAAGAUGCCCUCAAUGGGAGCCAAUCAGAAGAAGUAUUUUGUUGGGGAGGAAGCCCUCUACAAACAGGAAGCCCUGCGCCUGCAUUCCCCCAUCGAGCGGGGGCUGGUCACAAGCUGGGAUGAUAUGGAGAAGCUCUGGAGACAUCUCUUCGAAUGGGAACUGGGCGUGAAGCCCAGCGAACGACCAGUGCUCAUGACGGAGCCCUCCCUGAACCCGCGGGAGAAUCGGGAGAAGACAGCGGAGAUGAUGUUUGAGACCUUCGAAGUGCCCGCCUUCUAUCUCUCAGACCAGGCCGUGCUGGCGCUCUACGCCUCUGCCUGUGUCACGGGUCUGGUGGUAGACAGCGGGGAUGGGGCCACCUGCACUGUCCCUGUCUUUGAGGGUUACUCCUUGCCUCAUGCAGUCAGCAAACUUUACGUGGCUGGCAGAGACAUCACGGAGUUCCUCACCCGGCUCCUCCUGGCCAGCAGGAGGGCCUUUUCAUGCCCACUAGAGAAGGCCCUGGUAGAUGACAUCAAGGAGAAACUAUGCUACGUGGCCCUGGAGCCUGAGGAGGAGCUCUCUCGGCGGGAGGAAGACAUCUUGAGGGAGUACAAACUGCCCGAUGGGAAUGUCAUCUACAUCGGAGAUCAGCUGUACCAGGCUCCAGAGGUCCUGUUCUCUCCAGACCACCUGGGCAUCCACGGCCCGGGGCUGGCACAGAUGGCAUCCAACAGCAUAGCCAAGUGUGAUGCCGAUAUACAGAAGACCCUCUACGGGGAGAUUGUGCUGUCAGGGGGCACCACGCUAUUUCAGGGGCUGGAUGACAGGCUCCUGCGGGAGCUGGAGCAGCUGGCUUCCAAGGGGGUCCCCAUCAAGAUCACCGCACCCCCCGAUCGCUGGUUCUCCACAUGGAUCGGAGCCUCCAUUGUCACCUCUCUGAGCAGCUUUAAGCAGAUGUGGAUCACCGCCGUAGACUUCAAGGAGUUUGGGGCAUCGGUGGUCCAGAGACGGUGCUUCUGAAGGAGUCCCUGCUCCCAGUAGCCACGGUGUCCCUUGGGAGGGACGCCCAUGGGAAGUGAGCGUGCUCACAACUUUAGCACCAUUUUCAAUAAAAGAUGAAUGGUCAAGGA